GCCUUUAUUCUUUUUAUAUUAAAAAAAAAUAAAAACUUUCGAUUAUAUAUAGAUUAUAGAAAACUUAAUAAGAUUUUAGUUAAAAAUUAUUAUUCUUUACUUCUAAUUUUAGAAAUUCUAAAUAGAAUUAUAGAAGCCAAAUAUUUCUCUAAACUAAAUAUUUAA